CGUGGUGUGAAUUUUUUUCUUAACCCUUCUCUGUGGGAGACUUUUUUCAGUUACGAUGUACUUCGAAUAACCGAAUCUUUACCGCUCGCGCUCGUUUUUAUCCUGUUUAAUAACGAUGGCUAACGAAAUUCGCUAUGACAAUCGGAAUAUUGUGGAGAAAUACCUCAAUCACAAACUUUUAAAGAGGGGAUAUGUAUGGAAACUUCCAUCUUCUGGGGAAGAAGAUGACACCUUCAAUAAAGGAGAGGACUCCUCUCCAAACUCUGACAGGAGGAGGCUUCAGGCUCCCUCGGCCGGCGGGGGUAACAACUCUGAAUGCCUGAUAGCCCACCGGCUCACCCUUUCAAACCCUCAUUUGAGGCUCUACCGGGUGUUACGCGAGGCUGGAGACGAGAUAGAAAGGAUGUACCAGCGUGAAUUUGAGGAGAUGUCCCACCAGAUGAUAUUUAGUCCCAAUGCAGCGCAACGCAACUUCUUAACCGUGGCUGAAGAGCUCUUUAGAGACGAAGUGAACUGGGGGCGGAUCGUGGCUUUCUUCGAGUUUGGCGGGACCAUGUGCGUGGAGAGCGUCAACCGGGAGAUGGCGUCCCAGGUAGAUAGUAUUGCACACUGGAUGACAGACUACCUGAACGGGCCACUGGAAAACUGGAUCGAGGAAAAUGGAGGUUGGGAUGCCUUUGUGGAGAUGUACGGUCAGCAGAGAGACUCUAUGUUCCAUCCAUUGUCGUACCUAACGAAAGUGCUUGGAUUGGCGGCGCUGGGCUUGGCAGGAGUGACCAUCGCCUUUUUCGCUCAGAAGUGACAGCCCUGCAGGUCUCUCAGCCAAUCCAUCUCACUUUCUCUGCCUGUCUCUCCUCUUCAGCUUAUCAAAGCAUCUCUCAGCGCCACACUGCCCCGCUAAGCCCGGCACCAGUGCCCUUCAAAGGCCGCCACUGAUCCGAUGCCCCUCCAGCCACGGGAGCUACGGCGCUCACGCUCUUUCACCCUCUCUGGAGUGAAGAAAACACAAAGAAAAAGAAUACAGAAUGAGGACUCGCAGGAACGCUCCCACACUUUAACCAUGAUGCUCGUCACUGCCAUGUACAGUUGCGCUCACACAGAGAUUGACACACAAAACACGUGCACACACAAACACAUGCUCACAUACUUCAUAUGGACGUUUUAUCUUUAAAGUUUGUUUCUUAUGUAUGAAACGAGUACAAAGAGAUUUUUAAACUUAAGAUUGUGCUUUUUUGACAUUUUGAUAUCAGGUUUUUUGGCAUUUUGUAGCAUGAAUCAAAAAAAAGAGAGAGGAAAAUAAGAAAGUGUGCCGGCGUGAAUGUAAAUAACUUCUCCACUUUUUGCAUGUGUGGAAAAAGAGGAUCUUUAAGCUACUUUAUUGCAUGAUGGCAUUUUGAACUCGGCCACCCACCUCUACUUUGUUGAUUCGGGGUGUUUUGUAUGUUUUUGUUUAUUUCUGUCUCUCACUCCAUUGGAUGGACCUCUUGAGAUCUCCCGUCAAACCAACAGAUGUUGAGUAUUCCUCAUUAAAAAGUUCCUCUUUGGUUUGCUCCGUGUCUUACUGUUUGGUGAGCACAAAGAACAUGCCAACAACCAAACCGAAGCGGAUAUCAUGAUGUGAUCUCACCCAGCAUGGGUCGCGGAGUUGUCUGACCCAAAUCGCCCCUUCUUGAAUGUAAAGACUGGAAGUUUUACUUCUUUUGGGUUUCCCUUUUAUUUUUUUGUUUUGGUUUGAUUGGUGCAAAAUGCGUUAAAAGAGCAAUUCUGAUGGUAAAUUCCAUUUUCGAGGGUAUUGUGUAUGUGUUAAGUCUGUGUACAUGUAGUGUAAGUGUGUGUGUACAUCUGUAAAUAGAUUGCGUUGAGAGAGCUGGACUUGGCUGUGUUCUGGUGGAGAACGCGGGCGACCCGCCAGUUGUGUCCAGCCAAGCCAGGUGUGUAUGUGCGUCUGCAGAUGAAACGGACAGGUGGCAGCUGGGAACAGAAGUUCAUUCAGGCUGGCAUGAUAGGCAUGCAGGCCAGCGGGGCUUUGAAAAGACUCUGAACACAACGGACUAUGUAAUUCAUGGCCCAGGUGUAUCACUUUCCCCUCCUCGUCGCCCCUCCAAUGUUAUCUUUCUUGCAUGGUAGAUUUCAGGCACCUUGUGAGCUGUAGAUUUUCGGAUGCCCCAACAACCAAAGAAAUCCGAUCCGUCUUCUGUAACUUCCGCCCCAGAGAGAAUCUCAUCCAGUGAUAUACCACAAGUGCCCAGUGUGUUCCACUGGGAGGGUUGAUUUCUCAUUCACAGGAAGAGACUGCGACACCAGCUUUUCCUAAUGUCUUUUCCCCCUCAGAUGUCCAUUACAGUCACUGGUGUAGA